AGUUCUUAUCUCAUUUUCUCACAGCCACCUGUUUGUCUCAGUCGCACUAGUGGACCUGGCCGCACUUUUAACUGCUGUUACUACAGAUUUACUUCAACUGAAUGAAACUAAGGACAACUACAUCUGUGACACAGCGACGACUAUCGCCGUCAGUAAAUAAACACACCCGGAGGAACCACACGUCCAUUGUCCGCCAUGAUUCUCUUUGUCGCGAUGCUUGCAAGCUUGACCUGUCCAUCAGUUGGAGGGCAGCAGAUGACCACUACGCCACCGAUCACCCAACCCCUGUCCUGUCUCACUGACACAGGAAAACACGUGAUGUUGGGUCACAGUCUGACAGAAGGGUGUCGCACAUGUGAUUGUACUUACCAUGGACUAAACUGUAUGUACAUGGACUGUCUACCUCCCAUGUGCGUGGACUAUGUCACCAGAGACGGAUGCUGCUACACCUGUCCCACGGGCAAAACUGUCGAAUACCGUCAGGAGAGAUAAUCACAGACCCGGUGGAGCGAGAUGGAAUGAGGUGCGAGUGUCCAAGACAGAGCUACUCCUUACCUGGUGUUCCUUCUGCGAUCUACUCUACCGCUAUUUGCACUCCCACCUCCACCAUCCCAGUGACAACAACAACAACCCACUAUGGCUACCAACGACGCCGUUUGGCUGUGUUACUGAUGAUGGGAGGCACAUACCACUCGGUCAGAGUGUCACGGACCUGGAGCCUGGCGCGUGCCGUAUCUGCGAGUGUGGACGGGAGGGACUUAAUUGCAUGUACGGGGACUGCCUGGCUCCCAUGUGCGUAGAUUACGUCAGAUCCGGCUGCUGUUACAGGUGUCCCAACGGACCAAACUGUCGACUUCCGUCAGGAGAGAUAAUCUCAGGUCCAGUGGAACGAGACGGCAUGAGAUGUGAGUGUCCUCCUCAGGACCGAGGCCUGCCCGGAGCUCCCUCAGCUUCGCACACUACCGCCAUCUGUACACCCAGGACCACAAUCCCUAUUGUCGGAUAGUCAACCUGCAUGUAAUAGAUUAAAGUUAAGGGGUUUGUUUACCCUUAUUAAAAUUAUAUCUGGAGGGUACCGAAAUUGAAACAUUUAAAACCGUAAAUGUUAUUGAUUCUUUAUUUACAAUUUAAACAUUUAUGCUUUACGAGCUUUUACUUUACCGAUUUCUGUUAGAGACAUGAAACAAGAAUAAAGCUGCGUACUUUGGGUUGAUUGUACAACAAACUGUACUCAAUGAUACCCAUGAAUAGAAUUAAAAUUCGCUAUGAUAAGGUUACAGACCUCAA